AAACAUGAAAGAAGGCAAUAGGAAAAACAAGAAUGCAUCUUCCUCCCCAAGAAGAACCCGACCCGUUCAUCCAUCAGGACCCGAUUCUAGACCUUCGGGUUCUCUCCAUAAUAGGCUAUCUCCUCCCCCCUCAGUGUCGGCGCUUGACCGCGAAAUCUUCACUGAAGAGUUGGGAUUGUUUGAAAUUCCCCCCAAGACCAACCCAAGAAGUUUUUCGUAUAGGGUGAAGCAGCAGUGUUGGGAGAAGGCGGAGAAAGUAAAGGGAAGAGACCCGGACCGAUGGCGCCGAGACCCUUUAGGGAACACUGUCUUUCGGAAGCUUGUGGGCUGUCCCGGUUGUCUAUGCCAUGACUAUGACCAUAUUAUUCCCUAUUCUAAGGGUGGAGAAAGUACAUUAGAGAAUUGUCAAGUUUUGCAGGCGACAGUUAAUAGAUCCAAGGGGAAUCGAACUGAUAUAUCAAAAGCUGAACUUAUUCAGAGAAGUUCGUAUUGUCGGGUUUCAGGUCGUGACAUGGAUCUUCUUGAACUUUCUGCCUACGGCAAUGUCCGUCAUGGACAAGAUUCUGGGGGAUGUAAAAUUCAAUGAGUCAUUUUAUGAGAAUAUGCUCAAGAAUGGCAUUGUAUGCUUCCCCUUAAUUAAUCUGAGGCUAGGCUAAAUUGGAGUUAUGCCAGUUAUUCCUGUAUUAAAUUGCAGCCAGAUAGUAACUUACAAUUAUUGGAAGUUUCAUAUACUUGUUGCAACUUGUAUGUAUUCUCUUUACAAAUCAAUUAAAACGCUCACCUCUGAUUGGAUGAUCAGCUCAUCUCUAUUAUAUGCA